AUGGACCGGACAACGUACGACGGCCUCUCGCGGCUGCCGGCGCCAGCUAGCUUUGCGUUUGCAUCGCCGACCACGUGCGCCGGCUCGAUUGAAGAUCUGUGGGGCAUGAAGGCCUGUGUGUUUGGCGCCAAAGCGCUCAACAGUAUGUUCACGCUGUGGCAAAUCUUGGAGCUCAUGCGAUAUGUAGCCAGCGUCAUCCUUGCCGGCUGCAUUGGUGCGGCGGUUGUCCUCGCGGCCGCAGCGUUUCUCUACUGCCGCCACUACAAGCACAAGCGCGAGGCCAAGCGAACGGCUCGAGAGAACGACACGGCGUACGUGCUGCAGGUCAAGGACCUUCAAACGAUGCGGGACAUUGAUCUGCUCGGCGACUUUCGGCUCCCGCUCGAUCAAGUCGUGGUCCUCGAUCGCCUCAGCACGGGGGACCUCUGGAAAGGACUCUUUGAAGGCCACGUGGUCUCGAUCCGGUACCUCUUUAUGUCGUCGUCGACCACGUCCGAGAUGCAAACCGGCAUUCAGCAAGUGUUGGCGGCCACGCGACUGGACAGCCGCUACGUGCUUGCGCUGCACGGCGUCUCGUGGACGACGCCAAAGGACCUCAUGCUUGUUCAAGAGUACAUGGACAUGGGCGACCUCGAAACGUACUUGCGCAAUCUCAACACGCAGCAGAUCCAGUGGAAGUGGAAGACCAAGACGCUCGAGCAGAUUGUGA